AUGGCGGAUUUAACUACGAUUGAUUUAACAAAUUCUUUGUGUUUAGUAAAUCACCAUGCUUUGUCUAACUUAAUUAUUGAAUUAGAUGAUACAGACGAGUCAUUUUCUGGGAAUAUAGCUUUUGAGAGUACACCAAUAAGAGCUCCAUCGAAAAAAUUACGACAAUCACUCCUAAAAAAGAAGAAAUUAGACAAAUCACCAGAGAACACACCAGAUUCCAAAAUAGGAGAAUGCUCUAUUUGUUGUGAAAGACUAGGGAAAAGACCAGUUUCAUCGACAAUUUGUGGACAUAUUUUUUGCACAACCUGUAUAGAAACAGCAUUACAACAUGAUAAAAGAUGCCCACAAUGCAGAAAGACAAUGAAAGGAGCAUAUAAAUAUCACCCAAUAUAUAUACCAUUACAAUCUAAAUGA